UAUAUUGUAGUAAAUUACUUUUUAACGAAUUGCCAAUUUUACUUGUAAAGAUCGACUUGAAUCUUUCUGCUCUUGGAAAUCACAAAAUAAUUAGGAAUGAAUUUGAGGCUUCUCUCUACAAGAUGGAAGACCUAAAAUCUGAAAUCUUGGAUAUUUUAAUUGGAAUUCAUAAAUGCUGUGAUACGCAAAAUAUUGGUUAUGUCAAAGUGUCAACACUUAUUUUAAUUCUGAAAGAGAAAGCAGCAGGAAGUAAGGUUUUGCCCUAUUUAAUUGAUUUAGAAGACAUUUUGGACGAAAAAAGAAUUAAUCCUUACAUCAAUCAAAAUGUGUUUGAAGAAGGAAUGAAAAUAUGGAUCAAAAAAAUAAAACAACAAAGUUCUCGCAUGGAUGGUUUUCAAGAUACGCGACAGUUUUCUUAUGAAUCAACGGAAAAAAAUAAGAUGGAAGAUCUGAAAUCUGAAAUUUCAGAUAUUUUAAUUGGAAUUUUUAAAGUUUGUGACAAACAAAAUCAUGGUUAUGUCCGAGUUUCAACACUUGUUUUAUUUCUGAAAGAGAAAGCAGCUGGUAGCGAGGUUUUACCUUAUUUAAAUGACCUGGUAGAAAUUUUAGACAAAAAAGGAGUUGACCCUUUUAUUAAUCAAAUGGUUUAUGAAAAAGGAAUGAAAAAAUGGAUUAAAAAAAUAAAGAAACAAAAUUUGCAUGGUGAAAGUUUUCCAGAUAUUCAACAGUUUUCUUACAAAAAUUCAACUGAAGAUAAAAAGUUUCAUUCUAAUAUUGAGGGUUUUAGUUCUUUGUUGGUUGAAGAAAGAAAACUAUUAAGUGUUUCAAGUACAUACAGUAAUGAUAGUACAGAAACUUCUGAUUUAAGUUGGGAUAGCAGUGACUGUCAACUUCGUUUAGAAGAAUUAGAAAUAACAAACAAACGUUUACUUGAAGAAAAUAUUAAGUUAAAAAGACAUUUAAAUACUACAGAAGAUCAAAACAUACUUAUUCUACAAGAAAAUGAAGAAAUACGAAAACAGCUUGUAAAAUUUGAAAAAAUUUCUGAAGAUAGCCGUUCCACGUUCAAGAAACAUGAAAAAUUAAAAGCAAACUUAGUCGACACUCAAAUCAGCAAAGCAGAACUGUUAGAAAAAAUGCAGUAUUUGGAGCGUGAGAACCAUUCAUUGUAUGCCACGUUACAAGAUUAUGAAAGCAAGAUUUUGCUUUUGGAUAAUAGUUUACUUCAAAUGAAAGAAGACAGAGAAAAAUUAUCGGAAGAAUUCAAUUCUCAUAAGGAUCUUCUUAAUCAGAUCAAUGAAUUAAGAACUAGUAAAGAAGAAGUUUUAGAGGAAUGUACAAACAAAUCUGAUUAUAUGUCAUCGGUUAUAGUUGAGCUUACUCAAGCAAAUGAGUUGUUAAAAGCCCAGAAAAACAUUGCUGAAAAUGAAAUUUGUGAGCUAAAGCAAGAAAUUAACAGGUUUUCAAUGAUGCCCAGUAUGAACAUGGUGAGCACACCUCUUUGUUCAAGUACAAAGAUUGAAAAAUGGCCUCUUUCUUUACAGCAAGAGCUUAAGUUGGAAUCGGACUCAAAUUGUGCUGACUACUGCGAUUUUUCUGACAGUUUUGGUUCAAAUUUAUCAGAGUCAGAUCAUGCAUACUCGAAUUUUGCAUUCCAAUGUAGGAAACAAUUUCGCUUGAAAAAGGAGCAAGUUGUAAAAAAACUAGAUGAGUUAAUAUGCGUUCGACCGAUGGACAUCGAAGAAACUUCUAUGAUUGUUGAAGAUCUAAAUAUGGAACUAGAUUCUUUGACAGAAAAAAUUACGGAGUUUGCACAAGGAAGACAGGCAGCUGAAAAAAAAGCACAACAGUUGGUAGCUAAAAUGAAAAGAUUAAAAGAUGAAAAUCUUCAACUGCAUGAGGCGCGAGACAAAGCGAUGAUGAAGUUUGGAGAUUUGUCAAUGUUAUCUGUUGAAACUGAAACCAAAAUGCACAGCUUAAUGAAUCAAUUAGGCAACGCACAUCUUAUGUCGAAAAAUCUUGAAAUCGAACAAUUAACUGAUGUCAUAACAAAGUCGGAAGUAGAACGAGAUGGACUGGUUGAUAAUCAUGUUAAUUUGGAAUUUGCAAGAAAAAUCUUUGAAAUGGAGAAGGAAAUUAGCGCAUAUGAAGAAAGUUUAAAAGAUGAGAAAAAGAAAGUUUUACUUGCACAGGAAAAAAUUCACGAAACGGAAGUUAAACAUUCCAGAGAACUUCAAGCACUUUACAAUAUGGUAUCUAAAAAUACUGAAAAAGAGGUACCAACUUACGAUGACGUCAUGAAUGAGCUAACGAACUUCUUAAAAGAAACCAAACGUGAAAUUAAUAAACUGCUGGGCGUACGGAAGUCACCUGAAGGUUAUUCGACUUCACAGUGUUCACAAUUCACUGACCCUGAAAGUGAUUUUAUUGUACAAGAGAGGUUACCUACGCUAUUAAACUGCUCAUCCACAAGGGAAAAAAUCUUAUCAGAAAAUACUGAUUCACAAAAUCAUAAAUAUGUUCAAACUGAUAUUGACAUGCUAAAAGUAAACUUGUGUUAUAAUAAAUUUGAAGUUACUGAGCAAAUCACAGAAGUCUCUGAACGAAAUAAUUCUAUCAAUAGUAUGAAUGAAAAUUACUCCCUCGAGUUUUGCAGUAGACAAAAUGUCGAGGAAAACAAUAACGUAUUAAACUUUGAUGACGUAGAACUUAUGAAAAAUAAAAGUUUUAACAUGAACUCGAGCGAAAAAAAAAGUUUUGAAAACGACGAGAACAUUGGAACAAAUUUUUCACAAGACAAUCCUGUUACUUUAGAAUGUUUUCCUAACCGUGAUGAUUCGGCUAUUUUAAUGGGUAGUAGCAAUUCGGUAAUUUUAAUGGAAAAUUCAGCAAUGCCAUUAGAUAACGAAAAUAAUCCAAACAACGUUUUGCUCAAAAAAACAGAAGAAUUUGGUGAUUGCACAAAAGAUUCAACGAGCUCAGAAGUUCAAAACGACUUUGAUGACUCGUCAGAAAAUAAUGCUAGGCGCCGACGACAUGGAAUUUCUGCAGAACCUGCUCGCGUUUCUUGGAACACAUUGCGUGACUCAUUUAAAGUUUUAACGAGUUUCACCGAAAGCCCGGUCGAAAAUAGUGAUUUCAACUCAAUUGUGAAUUCAAAAAAUAGCGACCUUUCUGACGAUUCCGAACCUAAAUGUAACGAAAGUGUGCAGUCAAGUACAUCAUCUUAUUCUUUGCCUGUUAUUGAAGUUCAGGACGAGGACGAAAAGUCACUCAUCGGUUCGCAAGUUGAUUUAGAUAGCGAGAGCAAUGAGAGUUCAAUGAAAAAUGUUUCUUUAAAGGUUCCGCGGCAGUAUGAGAAUUUAAAUGCACCUUACCUCAUUCCAUCAAAAUGUGAAGUAUUAAUUGAAGACGAAGCAUUGGAAAAGAUGUAUCAGAAUGUUGUUUUUUCAUUUAAUACUGAUCAGUUCACUCUUCAGCGCAGACUAGAAAAUCAGGAACGCGCGAGAGAUGUUGCAGAACGCGGCAUGGAUAAAGAACUCGAGAAACUACGUCACGAAAUUAAGAAAUUAAUUUCUUUAAAAAAAGGAACUCAAGAAUACAAGGAAGCCGAAGAAUCAUUAAACAAACAAUGCGACAUUCUUCAAAGGUCUGCAAUGAAAAUCUCUGCACAAUCAGAACAACAUGGUUGUUAUCAACAUGAAAAUUUAGUUACUAGCUCCCACGAAAUAAUGAUAGCAUAUGUGGAACACCUCAAAGAAAGAAUUUCUAAACUCAACAAAGAAAUAGUUGAACAUAAGAGACGUUUCAAUGAGUGUCGUUUUGAUCUCUCUGAUACGUCAGAUGUGGAAACAAAAUCCCACUUACAAUACCCUGAUGACGGUGCCGAUUUACAAUAUGGAGAUAAUAUCACUGCCGACGGAGAUAACGCAAAAGAAGCAGAAGAAAAAACAAAGAGCAAUAAGUUUUCUGUUAUUUCGAAAUCGUUGGUUGUAACUAAGCGACUUAAAAGAAGGAAUUUAGAACCAGAAGAUACGCCUAAUAAACGAGUAAGCUUUGACACAACCCCAGUAUCUGAUAUUAAAAACUUAAAAAGGAAAAGUGGCGACAAAAAAGAAUUAGAAAUAACGACAUUUUAUUCGAAUUCGUUUUUUAACACUAUAAAAAAGCAAGCGUCUACAACGAUAAUUAUCUGCCUCUGCGUAACGUUUUUGCUUUAUGCAAUGUACUUAUUCGUGAAAAAUGCUUUUGAAAUUGAUACAAUACGCUUUCAUGAUAUUUUACUCAGAUAUAUACCACACACUAUAGAAUACCAAAACAAAAACAAUGAGAAAAGUUGAUAUCCUUUGAAAAAAGUUGACAUCGCCACAAGAAAAGUUUCUGUUUUAUGUUUUUACAUUGCUUCUUAGUAAAAAGACUUUUUAAAUUAUUUCUACCGUAUAUAAAAUAUUUAACUCAAUUUGUUUAUGCGAACCAAAACCAGUACUCUGGUUUGCAUGCUUACAACGUGAUCGGUAAUGCUUUGCGAUUUUAAAAAUUGUUAAAAAUCACGUUGUUAAGUUGACAACUCAUACUAAAAUUGCCACUAUUUAUAAAUAUUUUAUUAUGUAUAUUUAUCAAAUUAUAUAUUUUAUUAUUCUUAUUUUGUUGAUUAA